AUGGCGUCUUCUGCUCAAGACUCGUUGACCCCCUACGUUUUUCUCAUGAGACAUGGAGAAACCGAAUGGUCUAAAGCCGGCCGCCAAACCGGCAACAGCGACAUCUCCCUCACCCCCGAAGGCGCCGCGCAAGUCAUCGCCACAUCGAAAGUGCUAAUCGGCCCAGGAAAACUCCUCGACCCCUCCCGUUUAACACAUGUGUUUGUCAGCCCGCGACGGGGACGAGGAGAAGAGGGUGGCAGUGUUACAUACACGGAGGACUUGACGGAAUGGGACUAUGGCCAGUACGAGGGGCUGACUGGAGCGGAGGUAAGGAGGUUGAGGAGGGAAAAGGGGCUUGAUAGGGAAAGGGAAUGGGAUAUCUUGAGGGAUGGGUGUGAGGGGGGAGAGUAA